UCAGGAGCAGAGGAGGCAGCUCAGUCACUUCGAGUGUGUGCGUUCUGACUCCUGAGGUUAUAGUCUAAACAGGCAUCAGGGGAUGCAGUUGUGCCUUUUGGUCCUGUCACCAUGGGUCUGUAACUAAGAGUGAGAAGGUGGAGGCUGGCCUUAAAGCAUUAGCAUCCCUUCAUUCCCAGUUUCCCAGCAUCCAGACGAGCGUGCGUCCUGAUGCUUUGAUCAGAGUCUAUUUGUGGAAGAAGAGCUGCGCAGAGGAUGAUAUUUGCCCCCAUCUCUCCACUCAGCCAGGGAGCUCUGGGUUUACAAUCAAGAGGACCGCAAACCUGUCAUAUCUACCAUUUGUUCAUAUCUCUGUGAGUCGUGAUCCCCCGUGCGUUAACGCUCGUGUCAUCUCUGACGCUGGCGGCCCGCCUACAAGCCCCGCUGCGUCCGUGCGUGACGGAGGGAGAGCCGCACAUCCGGGCUGACUCCAGCUUCACUGGCAUGGACACCGGAGAACACUGACCAUCCAGGAACCAUGCCUACCGUCCUCGGUGGCAAAGGGGAACCUUCCAUUGUCGGCUUUCUGCUUCGAUGCGCACAUUCUCAGGUAACAAGAGGCCAUCACAACAGCUGUGCCAAAGACAUUUUUGAGGAUAUGACUCAGUCCUGGCCGUCCCAGCGACCCUUUGGAGGUGACCAAGGCCAGCAAAUCCUUUACAACUCCAAGGAUGCAAAACACUCCUCCACACAGCAAAGGCAGAGUAUGUAUUUAGUCUCAACGGUUUGGACAUUUGACACAAGUGAUACUCGAUGGUUCUCUGAAACUGCUUUGUCAUGUUUGUCAGGGAGUGACGUUCAGCUCCGAAUGACCCGUCAUCCCCAUGUGGCGCCUCAAAAAUCGAUGCUUGCUGAUGACUUGAAGCUAAGCAGUGAUGAAGAUGAUGAUGAUGACACUCAGAGGGCCAUUCAUGUGUCCGCAUCCUGGGACAGACGCAGAGCGCACACACAUGGCAGAAGGGUGAGACAUACCAGCUCCGACUCUUCGGGUUCGGACUCCAGCGCCGAAUCGGACAGCAGCAGCAUUUAUUCCCGCAGCCCAAACUCCAGCCCAGAAGUUCCUCCUGAUCCUCCAUCGCCUGUCAACACACAGCCACCGUGCAACAACAAGAACCAGGCUAAUCGUUCACCUGCUACCCAGUGGCAGUUAGAUAAAUGGCUUCAGAACCCCCAGAAAAAAUCUGCCAGCACUGAACAAGAUUCAUCCCAGAACUUUCCAAGACGUCUGAUCUCUCCUCCCGCCCACUGCAGCCCUUCCCCAGCCAGGUCAUGGGACAGCAAUCAAGAUUACAGCCCUAGCCAAAGCCCUAUUCCAAGUCCACAGUUCAGUUACAGUCACAACAGUCCCCUACCAAGCCCUGGUUAUAGUUACUGCCCUAGCCCCAGCCCGUUCACUAGCACUUGUCCAAGUCCUACUCUCAGUCCAAGGCACAGCACGUCCUCUAGCCCAGGUGUUUGUCCCAGCCCAUGUGGGAGCCCCAGAGCCAGCAGGAGCCCCAGCCCUUCACAAAGACAUCCUCCAAGAAGCCCGAGUCCCACUCUACAUGCUCCCCCUAACACUGGUCGACAUUCUGAGCCUCAAAGUCAGAACCAGUUACAUCCUACAGUAACGAGUGUUCCACACAGGCCAAAAAUUCGACCAUGGAUUUCUCCAUUGACUACCCCCUCAGCAAAGAGCAAAAAUAACGUUCCUCGGCCUCCAUCCCCCCAGCACAGAUCCAAGACACGCCCUAAGCAGGACCAAGAGCAGACUCAAAGCAGGUCCAAAGCUGCCGUAGCGUCAAGCCAGAAUCACACCCACAAGUCUAAACCCAACCCUUCUUAUCCAGGUUCAGAAAGGGUCUCCGAUGUCCCUAAAGCCAAAAAUUCAACCCGCUUUGAGCAGAUCCAGGCUAAUAAACCCAAUCUCAAACCUCGCCCUUCAUUCCAACAGAGUUUACAACAACCUACAGUAGCAAAGCUUCCUCCAAGCAACACUGGUCACUUCCAGUCUAACUCGAGAUUUGCUUGUAUUUCAAGCACUGAGUCAAAUUGUAGAACUGGUCUUGGUCUAAAGCCUACUAGAUCCAAAUCUUGGGAGGCUGCAAUCUCCAACCCUGUGCCUUUCAGUCACGAGAAAGUUUCCAAGAGAAAGCUCAAUGCUAAUGCAGGAAAAGUGGAUCAACCGAUCCAAGACAGGGUAGGACUCAAAAACAAGGAGGAGAAACACAGAGAAAAACACCAGGAGAAACAGGAGAGAAAGGAAAAAAGAAGGCUGGCAGAGGAGCAGCUACUGAGACGCCGCUGGAUUCAAAGCUCAGAAGAAGAGGAGGUUGAAGAAGUACAAGAACCCAGGAGAGAGGAAACAGUAAGAGGGGACAACAGGAGAAAGAAGGAGCAGCCUCCCGAAUGGAAAACAGCUCAAGCCAAAAAGAGAGUACCACCAAACGCAGAGCAACCCCGCCGUCAGGACAUCUCAACUCUACGGGAGGGAACUAAAAGAAGAGGGUCAAGUGAGGAGUGCAAGCAACUACAUCGUGGCCCAGUGGUAUCUGUCUCUUCUCCUUCUCCAAGUCCCCACAGAGUGUCUUCCUCCUCAUCGUCCUCCUCUUCUUCAAGUUCAGACUCAGAGCCUGAACCACAAGCUCCAGUUGCCAAAGUACCAGCAGACUCCACCUCUCACAAGAGACCCACCAGGAAAGGGCAACAAGGCCCAGGCAGGUCUGACAUCAUCAGGACAAAGUCCUGUAAAGAGUCUAGCACAGCUGUUCCUGAUGAGCUCCACCAGGGCAAAGAGAAGCAAAAACUCUAUACUCUGGUCCCAUUUGGGCGGUCUGAAAAGGCAUCUCACCCCUCGCAACGAGGCCUGCGAAAUCUAGUGGUCCAGAUUGACCUCUGUCUUCUGAAAAGGAUUCCUGACAGCACUACAGACUCAGCUCCGAAGGAACCCUCCUCCUUUUCAUCACAUGCCAACAAGCAAGGAGACGUUAGGAAACAAUCACAUGAAUCUGAGACUUCCAUGAAGGACGGCAAAAGGAAACGCAAGUUGGAGAAUGGUGUGUCACACAGAGAAAGCAAGAGGAGCGUUCCUGACACAAAUGACAGAUCAAGGCAGAUGGCGUUGCCCCCAAUUGCUGCUGGAAACGUGAUCACUGAGACUGUGAAAAAUGGAUGCUUGGAGGAGUACUCUGAAGAAGACCGACCAACGCCUCCUUUAUCUCCUUUGUCUCCUCUACCUCAAAGCCCUGAAUCAAACAAGCCUACCUCCAAAGCGAAGCCUGCUGACCAGCAUCAGUUCCAUACCCAGAAGAGCAGAGACAAGAGUAAAGAUCCAGUAGUAAAGCCCAAGUCAGAGGUGGAGAGUGUGAAGGUCUCAAAGCAGCUCCAACCGCCGACAGAGUCAUCCUGGGGCCUGGCCGGUGCCAAAGUGCCAAACUGUGAGACUCCUCACCAUGCUGAGUACUACUUACACGAGGCUAAAAGGAUGAAGCACCGAGCUGAUGCCAUGGUUGAUAAGCUAGGAAAAGCUGUGAACUACAUUGAUGCGGCGCUGUCCUUCAUGGAAUGUGGGAAAGCGAUGGAGGAAGGGCCUCUAGAAGCAAAGUCUCCGUACACCAUGUACUCUGAAACAGUGGAGCUGAUCAGGUACGCGAUGAAGCUGAAGAGCCAUUCAGGUCCUGGAGCGAGACAGGAAGACAAGCAGCUGGCGGUUUUGUGUUUCAGAUGCCUGGCGCUCCUUUAUUGGCAGAUGUUUCGUUUAAAGAAGGAUCACGCACUGAAAUAUUCCAAAGUGCUGCUCAACUAUUUUAAGGCUUCUCCCAAAGGGCCUGCAACAGCACCCUCUUGGGGCGACUCUAAAAACACUGGGAAACCCCAAUCCUCCCUCACACCAACCACAAAACAACAAAAGCAGGACAUCCCUGGAACAAUCAGCUGUCCGUUUCUCAUAAGCAUUCCCCACCGCAUCCACCAGAUGGCAGCAAAUCAUCUGAAUAUAACCAACAGUGUCCUGUACAGCUAUGAGUACUGGGAGGUAGCAGAUAAUCUUGCCAAGGAAAAUAAAGAGUUCUUCAACUACUUGAAUACUUUAUCUGGGCCGCUGACUCUUCACAGCAGCAUUGCUCAUGCUGUCCAAUACACCAGACAAGCUCUUCAGUGGAUUCGCAUUAGUGCCAAACUGAACUGACACUGACAGGACUUGUUGGAGACCCAGCAGAGGUUUUUCUUUAUUCUAGAAGCUGCAGGAAUCCAUCCAAGUCUCAACGGCGUGUAAAGUGAGACUCUGCAAAGUAUCUUGUCAAAGUGGGAAUAAGAUGCCCAAACCUUCUAAAGGAUGCAUCAGUUUCUUUCUCGUGGAUGAAGUCAUCUGAGAAACUGUGUAUGACUGAGAGUUUUAGUCAUUUGCCAAACAUAUCUUUAGUGGAAACUGUCAUUUUGAUUAUAUAUUGAAUUCAUUUUUUGAAAGCAGUUUUUGUGGAUUUUAAAAUUAUAUUUUAUUUUAAUGUGAGGGUGGUAUUCAAACCAAGAACUGACAUUUUAAAGAAUAAAAUUACCAGUCAACUUUCUUCUUAGACAACACCAAAUUUUUUCAAAAAAUCCCAAAACGUUUGAAGGUAUCAGCCACCUGUGUGUGUGAGUUUUUUAAAUCUUUUUUUAACUGUGCAAUAUUUUUGAAUUGUAGAAAAUUUUGAAAAAAAAACUAAAGAUAAAUAAAUAAAUAGAAAUGUGAAAAUUA